AUGAGUAUACCUUCUUGGGGGACGCUUUCUGUGGACGCCAAUGGGGCUAUCGUGCGGUCGGAACAGGUAAAAAUUCAUUUGUCAUUCACAUCCACGAAGUUGCAGUUCCAGUUGCUUCUCAAUACUGUCGCCUUUCUGUCGUGUAGGACUACGAGCAUAAGCAUCACAAAAAGAACUGCAGUUUUGUUCUUUUGUAUGACAAAUAAAACUAAAGCAGGCCGAGCGCAAUGCCAUGGUGCAGUUGACCCAGCUGAAGUUUCCGGACGAGGACCAACAGCCCACCCUGCCGCGCAAUGCAAGCCAGCGCCAAACACCGCCCACUUUGCUGGCGUACCCCGGGAACGCACCCUUAGGCGCUGCUGGGAACAGGCAACAGGUCUGGCGGGAGCAACCGGGCAAGGACAUCCCCGCGACGGCCGUGUCGCCGAAAAGGAGAAGUCAGAACAAAGUGAUCGGGAUGUCCGGUACUAGUCCUCCGACGUCGUUAGGAGCGGCAAUACAGCAGAACAACAAGAACUCAACGUCUACUUCACCAGUGUUUAACACAAGUAAUACAACCACCUCCAUACUAACAGGAACAAGUCCACCGGCGGGCCCGGCGGCCGCAUUGAAUGCGCUGAACGAGAGAGGGAAUAUGCAGGAGCAGAGUUGUGGCACGAUAGCGCAACAACAGCACAACUCCAUGUCUUCCACCUCGCCCGUGGCGGCCGCGGGCGGUAGUGGUGGUGUUUACUACAGCAGUACCGGAACAAUGUUGGCCGCGGGGGCAGCUGCAACUAGCGGAACUACUGGUGCCGCGACGGUCUUUCAUCAACAAAACCUCCCAGAACAGCAAUUUAUUUCCGACUCUUCUUCCGCGUCGCCCCCCCUGCCGAAAGAGCGCCAGGGUUUCUCUUCCCGCCUGGCGCGCAAGAUGCGCAGCGAGGGAAACUUCGGAAAUUUUCUGCAAAAUUACAAAUAGGAUAGCAGCGUAGGUUGUCGAGGAGUUUUAUUUCUUUUAAUGGUCUUUUUGCUCUCCUCCGAAAGAGUAAAAGUAAUCUUUGAAAUUAGAAAUAGAAUAAGAGCCCCCUUUUUUGCUGCUUCUUCUACCCAGAAGAUGGUCAGUUCUUCAGGUACCCGCCCCCAUGAAAUAAUUCAUUCUUAUUCCUCCACCGUCGUGUGCUGCAGUGCAGCUCACUCUUCUACUUACUGCUCGCCCGAAGCAAAUAUUGGAAGGGCAAAAGGCCGAGCGACUUUUCGGACCGACGUAAAAAGAGCCCCUUGUUCAGACACAGCAAUCGCAAGCGCAAGAAAACAACACUCAUACGAAAUACAAGUUUCGGCAUCGGCUCGAUUCUUGUUUCUGCUUCCCGCGCCUGGAAAGCAUAAGCAAGAACGGGCAAAUUCUGAUUGCAGACAUUUUAUUUUGCUGAAUACUAGUAGUCACGUUCAAGACAUCUAUCUUCGAAUCGCGCGAGUAUAUAAAAUCCUGUCUCGGAGGAGACGAUCGCGGGGGUGCGAUAUGCGUCACUGCAAAUGGUCG